UUAUGGCCUUCAACACUAGUAAUCUUUCCCUCUCUUUCUCUUUAUAAACAGAGGCUAACCAGUGUACUUCACCAAAAAAAGAAGCCUUUUCUUCUCCACAAAAGAAAAACAGAGAAUGAAGAGAAAGUCUCCUUCAAAUUCGUGCUCAUCCUCUUCAUCCUCGUGCUGCAUCGAAUCGCCAUCCAUAAUCGCACAGCCCGAACCGAAGCCCAAGGCUAAGCCCAAGCGCGUCCGAGCCAAGAGAAACCAGAGCGACAGCAGCGCCACCUCUGCCAAAUCGCGAAGCUCCAUUUACAGAGGCGUCACAAGGCAUAGGUGGACUGGGAGAUACGAAGCUCACCUCUGGGAUAAGACUACAUGGAACAGCAUCCAGAACAAGCGGGGAAGACAAAUCUAUUUAGGUGCUUAUGAUAAUGAGGAAGAUGCGGCUCGAACCUACGAUCUAGCUGCUCUUAAAUAUUGGGGACCUUCUACCAUUCUCAAUUUUCAUGUAGAGGGCUACGCAAAAGAUGUUGAAGAGAUGCAAAAUUUAACUAGAGAAGAGUAUUUGGCCUCACUUAGGAGGCGGAGCAGUGGCUUUUCAAGAGGUGUUUCUAAAUAUCGCGGCGUUGCAAGGCACCAUCACAAUGGCCGGUGGGAGGCUAGAAUUGGGCGUGUUUGCGGAAACAAGUACCUCUACCUAGGAACCUACAGUAAGUAGCCUUCAUUUGUUCAACUCAAGUUCAUUUGUUUGUACAA